UUUUCUUAAUCUUCACUCAACAUCUAAUGAAGAAGACCUCGGAAACGGUUCAAAUGUUUUUCAAAAAAAAGAAGAAUAUGUAACAAGAGCAUUUGACCAUACUUUAACAAUUGAUGGAAUUUUUUAUUUUGAGGAACUUGAGGAUACAAAAAUUAACAAUUUAGAAAAAGAAGCCGAAGUCACUCAAACUAAACUAAUUAAAAAAGAAAAUCUACUGAAAGAAAAAGACAGCAACCAAGAAAAAUUACAAAAAGAAGUAAACAAAUUAAAAGCCGAAAUCUUAAUAUCAUAA